UGUUGUUUGAUAGUAUCGCACGCCAUCUAGGGUCGUUUGGCGUCACUCUCGUCGUGCGAUGCGAUGGCGAUGUGUGUGAUUUUUUCCGUUCGUUAUUGUUAUGUUUUGUGAUAAUAACAGAAGAUUAUUGAAAUAGACAACCUAUAAAGUACAUGUAAAACCUAGAACUUCACAGCUGCUAAUUAAAUUUCUGUUCCUCUGUGAGAUAAUUCAACCUUAAAGCCAUGGAGGACAAUUCUGAAACCCACAUGGAGACUGAUGUUACUUCGACCACUGAGGAUGUACCUGAGACGCAGGAGGUGACUGGAUCAAAUGGCAGUGUUGAAAUGGUUAUUGUAGUGGAGAAAAUGGAAGAAGAGGAGGACAACAACAAAACAGACAAGGCCCUAUUAGAUUCCGAAAUAAUAUCAACAGGUCCAACAGAGUUAUCCUCCGAUGAGAGAUCCUCGCCAGCUAAAGAUCUUGAUCAACCAAAGACGGUUAUCGUUUCACCAACUAAAGAUAUUGAACAGCCAUGUAGUUCAUCUUAUGUCAAUGCAACCGUUCCAAUUUCACCUUGUAACAUACCUUCGCCGAUUAAGCCAACCACAGAAGAUGUAACUUCAGACUUAUUGCAGACUGAAGUAGUUGAUUCUUCAAGUAAAAUGGAAAUUACUAAUCCUGUCACUGAGAAUAUUACAAAUCCAGAAAUAAAUCCACCAAAAAUGGUUCAAGAUAUUGAUGAACCUGAAGACAAAUCUCUUAAAGAUAUUCAAUCAACAGCAACACCUAUUAUAACACCAGAAGAAAUUCCAUUGCAUGAAAGCUCUAAUGACAAUGUUGUUAUGACAAUCCAGUUGUCAGAAAAGGCUGAGUCAAAAACACCUACUCCUGCUGCAAUGCCAAUAGAUGUCAUAGUCGAGAGAGAAGAUCAAAAUGUCUCUCAAGUUGAAAUACCAGAAGUGCAAGAAAAAGAUCACAAUAAAAGCAUCAGUAGAGAGCUUAAGUCUCUUAUAAAAUCUGCAAAGGAGUCAAAGAUAAUAAGUGAAUGUACUCAAUUAAAAACCAAGACCAGGAAAUCUAGAGUUAUUCUAGAUAGUUCUAAUGCUAGUCUCAAUGCUUCCAUUGAAGCUGAAAAAAUACAUGGAGCCAGAAGACACAGUAAUAACUCACAGAAGAGCAAUUGUAGUGAGAAAUCUGAUAAACCUGUCACGAAAAGAUCUAUGCGGUCACAGAACCCUGAAUUUGUGAAUAAAGUGAAACAAUUCUUAAAUUCUGUCACUGGGAAAAUGCAAAAAGAGGAUGAUAUGACCGAUGAUGAACUCGAGGAGAAUAAACCAGGUGAAAAGGUUGAAGGGAUGAGGUCUCAGUCUGGCACUCCUAAAAAGAAAAAACCUGAAACACUUCAGGUCCCGGGAAAACUUCAGUCAGAUUUGUAUUGCUGGCGUUGUCAUUGGCAAGUUGAACAGGCUGAACACGAGAAGACGCAUGCUCCAAUGCAUUGUAAUGUCUGCCCUCGAUCAUUCCACUAUAGAUGUUUGUCAAGUGCAGAGCGUAAUAAAAUUACAGAAGAUAAAAGCUGGGUGUGCCCUGAUUGCUUAAUAAUACUGAAUGCAGAAAGCUCUGAAACUAGAUCACCGGCAAUGAAAAAGAUAUCAUUGGGAAUGCUUUGUGAGCUACUAAAGUUUGCAUUGGAGAGGAUGAUGGAUCUGAAUGGGGUGGAGCCAUUCAUGACCCCGGUUGAUCGCGAAGCGUUUCCCGAUUAUGAGAAAUACGUGGUGCACCCCAUGGACCUAUCGCGCAUGAAGUCGAACAUCGCCAACGGCCUCUACGGAAGCACCGAAGCCUUCUACGCCGACGCCCAAUGGAUACUCCACAAUAGUAUUAUAUUCAACACACGUGAGUUGGUUCAGUCGAAGUUGACCGGCGCCGCGAGGGCGGUGGUGCGCUCGUGUCGUGCGGAGAUGGGCGAGAUCGAGGCGUGUCCCGAGUGCUACGCGGCCGCGCAUGCGCGCAAACCCACCUGGUUCACAGACGUGUGCUCCACUCCGCACAUACUCUUGUGGGCUAAACUUAAAGGGUUUCCGUAUUGGCCAGCUAAAGGCAUGUCGGUGAGUCCGGCCGGUCUGGUCGACGUGCGUUUCUUCGGUGCCCACGAUCGAGCCUGGGUCCCAGCCAAAGACUGCUUCCUGUACUCGGAGAAGGAUCCAAACAACUUUAGAACUAAGCGACAGGAUAUAUUGGACAGCAUGCAGGAAGCCGAAGAACACAUUCGUAACAUAUCGAGGAAGUAUGGAAAAUUCGUCUACCCCCCGUUCAGAACGCAAUUCGAUCCUGCGAAACUAAACGAGCAAAUGAGAGUGAUGAUACCAUCGUUCGAGGGUGAGAUACGUGUUACGGUCAAGGAUAAAUCGCCGAAUACAACAAAAGACAAGAGCAGGACCAAUUCUAAAUGCUCUAAGAACUCUACAAAUGGCAGUGACAUAAGCGAAGCAGAAGAUCUACUGGGGCAGCCUUGUAACAAAACUAAUGAUAAUAUUAAUGACUCAAAGGACGAGGUGAUGGAGCAGAAUCAAAAGUUAAUGGAUGUUGACGAAUCUGCAGUGAAAGACACAAAAGAGACUGAAAACUCGCGGAAAAGACGGCGCUCCUGUGUUACAGACACACCGGUGCAAGACAACACAGCCAACGAGAAAAAAAAGCGAGUCGAUGAUGAAAAAUCUGAUAAAAAGAUAGACACAAAAGAUACGAGCAAUAAAGAAUUACCAAAGAUCAAAAAGAAAGAACUAGAGAACGUUAUUAUUCCAAUAGACGAUGAUGAUUCAGUUAUCUCGAUCGAUGAGUCAAACGAUUCAGUCAAAGGUAAAGAGAAAAUAGUUGAGAAAAACCGAACCGUCACUCCAAUAAAAAUAAUAUUACCUAAACAUAACCGACACACUCCGAAAUCUAGCGGCACCAGAGACUCUCCCAGAACUAGCACCCCCAACGAUAAAUCUCUUCUGGUGACGCCAAAAGAUGAAAGAUCCGCAUCAAAACAAAAAAAUAAACCAGGCAGGAGCUCCACAGAGAGACAAAGCAGGGAAAGCAAGAGUAGACACGAAAAGAGAAGGAAUUCCAAAAGUAACAAAUCCCUGAACGGCAGCAUAAGUUCUAAAACUGAAAAAAAUGACAGGAAGACCGAUAAAAACAACGAAAACGCAAACGCUGCCAACAAAGAGAAACCCGCAAGUAAAAUAUCAGUUAUCAAAGUUAAAGAUAGCGAAGCGAUAAAAUUAGCAGAGAAGACUUCGCCUGCAGAGGCUGUGAAGUCGGUUAAAGAUCGGACGGCGGAGGAUGACGACACUAGUCUGGCGGCCAUCGCCCGCGACACGGCCCGGAAUGCCGACUCGGUCAUAAUGAGCAACCCGCCCGGCAUGCCCACCAUCAGCAGCGUUAGGUCCUUGUCCACACUGGCCCAGGGCACCUCAACGACGACCACAAAAACGAACACGGCAUCCGCGUCGGUGGACAUAACCGCGGACAGUGCGCCGGACUCGAGCGCGCUCAGCAAUACCGACUCGGCCAAGUCGCAGAAAGCGAGGAACGAGAACGAGCCCAUGGUGGGGAGGGUGGGGGUGCGGGCGUUCGCCAGGAUGACGUCACCGGAACGCAACAAAACUAACAAUGUGCAAGUAGAGAUCAAGACUGAACCGAUCGAUCUAGACGACCCGAGCAGGCACAUGGAGAAGAUGGAUCUGAUGAACGCAUUCAAACUCCGACCCGUGAAUCAAAGUUCCAGCCUACGUGAGGUGCGCUUUAAUAAGGUCGUUGUGACGCCUCUAACGCGAAGAGCGCCGACAGGGGCGGCCGAAAUACGUCCGCGUGCGAAGAAGACUUUCCCACAGCCCAAGAAACCCGAAGACUGCCAGCUCAACGGGAAGAACUCCAUGGUGUACAUACCCAUACAGCCGGCCAUCACCCAGGCGCCGGCCCGACUGGCGCGCCCCGCCCCCGCGCCCCUCGCCGGCCAGCCGCGCUGUGUCGCACCCAUCAUAGUCAGCAGCUCAGGAAACAAUGGUGUAAAUACAGUGACAACACAGAUGUUGCCGCCUACGCUGACGUCGGCCAGCACCGCGGUCACAACCCCAGUACAGUUGGCGCCCACAGUUGGGCAAGUGCCGACCACCGUCCACACGGUGCCCCUCAUGACUUCCGUCAAUGGACAGUGGAUGUUUAGUUUACAACCUGUGAUGUCCGUCGGAGCUAUCGAUUCGAACACAACAUCGCCGCUAGUGAACGGUGUUCCGGAAAGGCUCGGUCAAGCGGCGACCGUGGUGCCGGCCGCCGUCGUGUCGCCCGCCCCCGCGCCCCCCGCCUGCCCCGCGCCCCUCGGCGCCGCACCGCCGAGCCGGCCCGGAGACUCUGUCGUCACAAACACUCCCACAGAACUCCCGAGGUUACAGCAGCGGCCGCCGAUACAAAAUCCACUAGAUCCCAACUUCCCAAUUGGUAUUGUACCAGCACCAUCUACCGUCGGUCCUCUAACGGCUAAACUCAAUCAGAAUGCCAUCAAGCUAGCCGAUUUCUUCCGCACGCUACUGGAGGAUUCGCUGGAUAAUCUCGACCAUCCGUCGACGCAGGUCACGUCCCUGAAGCUGCAGCUCGAACAGACCAAGUGGAGGCACCAGCAGAGACUGGACGAAAUCAAACAUAACUUUGAAUUAUCGGUGGCGGAAAUGCGGGCAACGUUCGAGAAAGAGAAACAGAGGCUCGUCAUGGAGACCAGGCGUCUGGCGCAAAUCGAAUUGGAGACAGCUGUCAAACUAGCUAAAUCCAAACAGUGGUGUGCGAACUGCAGCCAAGAAGCUCAGUUUUAUUGUUGCUGGAACACUUCGUACUGCGACUACCCGUGCCAGCGCGCGCACUGGUCGCAACACUACUCCGUGUGCACGCAGCAACGAUCGGAAGGCAACAAUAAUAAUAACAGCGACGGAACUAGCGCUCCUGAGAGUAGAUCGCAGACAGAUAAGUUGCCAGCGUUGCAGAAGAGCACCGUGGUGCCGACCCUCACGGUCGGCGGGAAACUUGCCUCCAGAUCAGCCAGCCAGGAUAGCACGCCAAUGUCUUCCAUCAUCAUGAGCAUGGUCGAGGACGUCAGCGGGAACCAAACGGUGAAAUGUGUGGGGACGUACAAUGGGAGCAAAGCCGGCGCCGUGCCCGCGCAGAUACCACCUCUCAUAAUCAACAAGCAGAUAAUGAACGAGGAGAACAAAAAAGUAGUAACUUCGGGAGGCUACCUCAUUGUGGGCUCCACGUCCAACGCCAGCGUCAACCCGCCGCGACGCACUCACACGCUGCAGUACUUCACUUAGCGCCAACCGAACUUGGAAAUAAUCCCGCGGACUGUCCGACAGAAGUAAGGUUAAAAUUUUAAUGGACAUUUUAGUGGAAUUGUAACCCAAUGGGGUCGAAAAUGUGAAAAUGUUGGACGUAGUUCAACAGAAAUAGCCCGCACUGAGCCACAGUAAAGCUGUU